AUGGUAUGGACGACAGAUAUCGUGGGGUUCACGGCAAUGUCGAGCAAAAUGGAACCAGGGGAACUGGUCAAGGUACUCAACGAUUUGUUCACUCGCUUUGAUCAUUUGGUCGAGCGCUACGGUCUGAACAAGGUGAAGACGAUAGGCGACUGCUACAUGGUGACCUCCAUCCCUUCGUACCAAGAUCCUGAUAGCGCCGUGGCCGCCAUGUGUCACUUUGCUCUUGAUAUGAUUGAUGCCUUACGCGACUUCAACGGCGAAAAUCCGGUGAACAAUCUGGACUUGCGGGUUGGUAUCAACACUGGUCCGGUUGUUGCCGGCGUGGUGGGAACCUCUCGUUUUCUUUACGACCUAUGGGGCGACGCUGCGCGGGUUCAGGUGACCGAAUCUGUCGUCAGCGCUGUGUGCAAAGAUGAGUUCGAGUUCGAGUCACGUGGUGAAGUUGAGGUAAAAGGGAAGGGUCUUGUUUCGACUUACUUCUUGGAAAGCAGGCUAAAGCCGAGCAGCGAGUACGUGAUGGAUGGGUAUGUGGAAGAUCUUGCUGUUGUCGAGACCCGCCGGGGAAGACGCAGCCUCAAUGAUAGUGUCCGACGAAGGAGCACACUUCAAGGGGCGCUGCGAGCUGUGCAAACCCAAAUGGAGGCAUUCAAUGAUUCCAGACUGUUGGGCGCACAACUCGAACGGUGCCAGCGUUUGCAAUGCCGCGAGUAUGGGAUCGAGAGAGAGUAG